AUGAAGUUGCACAUUCUAGGACCAGCUUUUGGGCUGCCUUCAAUAGACGCAGAAUGUAUUGCUGCUGUAGCAUUGAUCGAGCGCUACACGCAGGGCAGCAGUCAGGCAUGGGCUCUGGUUGCUUGCCAUGAAGCCGCGCCAGGCACUCGACUCCCCUUUCUCCAGGUCGGCGACGAGACAUAUUCCGGCUUUGAUCGGAUAGCUCAGUACCUCAUCGAUACGUCCGGUAGCACUGUCCCUGGUCUGGCUACGAAUCUGACAGCACAGCAACAAGCAGAUGCGACAGCACUUUCGACCUUUAUCAAGUCUGAAGGCCAAUUACUGCUCGACAUCUCGCUAUAUGUGUCGUUCGAGAACUACCGCAAUCGCACCCGUUCUGCCUUCACAAAGAUCCUCCCGUGGUACGCCAACUUUGUCAUUCCUCCUCAGCGCCGCCAUGAAGCACGACAACGCACUCAGCACCUUGGAGUGUCCAGUCUGGAUGUAGAUGAUAUACACGAGGAUGUAAUCGACAAGCCAUCGAGCAUGCAGUCCGAGCAUCAGAAAAAGCCUUUCGAGCACGAGACCGAGAAACACGCUAGGAGAUUGCUGGGACGCAAAGACACAGUCCGCACCUUAUUACAAAAACCAGAGCAUGCUGCUGCCUUCAAGUUGAACGCAAUAGCCGACAACUUCUUUGAGCCGCUGCAAGAACUCUUGAAGAACCAAUCCAAUCUUCUGGGCACCGACCAACCCGCAAUCGUCGACUGUCUGGCCUUUGGAUAUCUGAGCUUGAUGUUCUACCCCAAGAUGCCCCAGAACUGGCUCGCUUCCACUAUGCGCCUCAAGUACCAGAAACUUGUUGUCUACCUGGGCUCUUUGAGGGACACCUUCCGAGUCGACGCCCACCCUGACGAGGCAUUGGAUGCUGUUUCACAAUCAGAGAAAGGUGCCGCCGAGCUUCCCUGGGUAUCACCGCAAACUUUCAGUCCCCUUACUGUGGUCGGCUACAUUGGACAGAGCCUCGUCAGUCAGCUACCGCUAUCGAAGACUAACUCAGGCUUGGAAUAUUUGCCUACUAAACGUCAACCAAGCUUCCUCAAGAAAUACCUCCCUGCGGUACUGGGUCUUACUUCUACAUCGCUGGCUUUGCUGGCAUUCUGGGCCUACAACAACCUAACAUGGCCGCACGGAGAAGCGGUCCACUUUUUUGGCCGAAGGAGGUUAGUAGACUAUGGUGCUGCUGGCGCAACCCUCUCUGCU